AUGGUGGAUCAUGGAAAUUUUGUAACACACAUUCUUGUUCUUGAUGGCGAGAAUUCGAACAAAUUGACGAGUCAAAUGAAGGUGAUCUUUGGUGUACAAGAUAUUUGUGAUAUGGUGGAAACAAGUGUUGAAGCUUCAUUCGAAAAUGCAACUGUGGUACAAAGGAAAACUCACAAGGAAGACGAUAAAAUAGAUUGUAAUGCUCCAUUCCGCAUUCAUCAGAGUGUUGAAAACUACGUAUGGGUUAAUUUGUUUUAUGAAACGAUUGGCGGUAGAACGGACUAA